CGUGGAAGAUAAGCAAUUUUUCAGUUCUAGUGGAGCAGAGGUGCUCGCUACUCCAAUUAUUGACAGGCCGAUCACCCAAUGGUUAGAAUUAUUCCGUGUUCUAUAUACCUUCCGUGCCGUUCUCAGCUUUUCUCUGGUAGUACAAGUCACUGCCCCGUCCAGUUGGCUCGAGCAUUUCUUCCUCUGAAAGUUCGGUUCAAGCUUUAAUUGUGCUCUGCUACUGCUCUGUUUCGUUUCGCCUUCGUCUCUCCCAGCGGGUUCUUAUAUGGCCACAGCUGCACGCGGCAUGCUCUGCGCUGCAUGGCCAACCACGCCGUCCGGCGCCCGCGUCUCUUGCCGCCGGCAACCGUGAGCGAUCCUCCAUCAUCUUGCUCUGCUCUCCGUCCGUGUGUGAUCGGUCGCCCGGAGGUUUAGAGCUGUGUUCUGUUGAACUUGAUCACAGCAGCUGUCGCGAUGUCUCCUCUGGCGCCUCCGCAGGGCGAGAAGAGCUCAGGCUCCGGGGGGCGGCAGAGGCAGGAGGGCGUUGGGCAGCAGCUGCGGGGGCGAUCGGCGUCGUUCCACGGGCGCGGGGCGGAGCAGCAGCGGCACCAGACGCUGCAGAAGCAGAGGCCCAAGACGCAGCCGGACCUGCUAGCCGGCGUCAGGGGCAGGAGCUUCCGCUCCGGCUCCGGCUCCGCGGACGGUGCCGAGACGCCGAAGGCGGAGCUCGCGUCCGUCAGGAGGACGCCGAGCAAGGUGCUGGUGAGCGUGGCCGUGCAGCGGAGCCUGUGGCCGCUGCACGUCAUGGCGUCGGCAGGGUGGAGCGUGGCGGACCUCGUGGCGGCCGCUGUGGGGCUCUACGUCAAGGAAGGCAGGCGGCCGCUGCUGCCGUCAGCCGACCCGUCGGCCUUCGGCCUGCACUACUCCCAGUUCUGCUUGGAGAGUUUGGACCCGAGGGAGAAGGUGAUGGAUCUGGGGUCCCGGAGCUUCUUCCUGUGUCCCCGGUCUUAUUCAGCUGCCGCCCAUGCGGGCUCUUCUUCCUGCUCCUCCGCCGGAGCAAGCACGGUCAGGGACGACAGGGAGGCUCCGGCUGCAGCAGGCGAACCACCGGCCUGGCUGCGCUACAUGCCGUUCUGGCCGACGAUGUAGCGACUCCCGAUCAUUCAUUAUCACUGCCAACCCUCGUCCAUUUCUCCAUUGCUAGACAAUGAAAGACCCUAUCUUCUGGCCGUCGCAUCAAGACGGUGCAACCGAAUACAAAGAGUUUCUCCCGGACUCUGUAUUUGACAUGCAAACAGCGAAGCCCAUUCUCCGUUUGAUUUGGUAUUUGCGGGGCAAGUGGCAGAAAAGCAGGUAGCGAUUUAGAGGAUAAGACUGUAACGUUUAGUAAUAUCUCGUUGUUAGAUGCAGACGGCCUGAUCCCCUCGACCUGUUGACCACGAAAGAUCCAGAUUCCAGAGAUGUCAAACAAGUUGUUGCUUGAUCAGGACAGUUUACGCUGUCGAAGAAAGGUUUGCUGCAGAAUACAUACAGAAAGCUUAUCUCAAUUAUUGAUUUUUGUACCUGUGGAUGCAAAGCAGACGGAAUUGAGUAAUUGACUGACCUUGUAUGGAUUACAUAUGCAAACUGCUCAAGUGGGAAGGAAA